AAAAUAUAAUUAUGAGUAUUAAUGCAAUCAAUUUUAAUUCAAUUCUAUAAAAAUAUAAAGAUAAUCUAACAUGCAGAACUGCAGAAUCUAUAACUGUAAGGACUAAAGUGUAAUUUCAUGAAUUUCUUUCAAUAAAAAAAAGCCCCAGGUGCCCAUUCACGUAUUCCCCACGCGCCGCCGCGGCACCCUUCACCCACAAACUUCCCAACACAAUCCUCGCGCUGCCAUGCCUCUCACUGUAAAAGAAGCAAUGAAGAUUACGCUAAUGCAGAGCGAACCCGAACCCGAACCCGAGGCUGAGGCUGAGGAUAGUGGUGGAACACCGGAACGUUGUUUUCAUAUAAUUCGAAAAGAGUACGAUACGGUGCCGCUGAAGUACAAGGGUUGUCCUCCAGGGUGGAUACCCGUAGCUUCAGACCGUAGGCCAAUUCCGCCAGGGUGGACGGCUGCACCUCCGACGGAAGGGAUCCCGGUUUCUCAUGUUGAAGUGCCAGUUCCUUUUUAUGUUAUGCCAGAGGAUACUGUCCUUGCUGAAGCCAAAAUCCUUAAGCUAGGUGAACUUAUUCCACCGGGCUGGAAAUUUUGUCCACGCUUUUGGAAUAUCCUUCUACCCGGUUGGACUCCUUGUCUACGUAGCGCUGAGAUCAUGCCCCUCACCUGGCAAGCCGUUCCCCGCAACUGGCAGCUCUUCCCCCCUACUACUACCGUAAAGGAAGAGGCUGAAACGCCGCCACGACCGCGUUGUCUGGCAGUUCCAAAAGAGUACAGUGUGAUGCGGCCGUGCUUUAAGGCCUAUCCUCCGGAUUGGGUACGCGUUGAACGAGGGUAUAGGGCAAUUCCUCCCGGUUGGAGCGCUGCACCGCCACCUCCGGCCGAUGGGACCAACCCGCCUCCGGUUUCUCGUGUUAAGGUACCGCGUGUCCCUGUUAUUAGGCAUCCACCUGCUAAUGUGGUCCUCCCUACACCAAAGAUCAUUAUGUCCAAUGAAUCUAUGCCACAUGGCUGGAGGAUGCUACCAUUGUUAUGGAGUGUUGUUACGCCAGGGUGGAAGACCUGUCUUAAAGAUAUCAAGCUCAUGCCCCCCACCUGGCAAAGUGUUCCUCUCGGUUGGCAGAUCUUCCCUCCUCCUCCUCCGGCGGACCCCACAACACCACCACCACCUUCCGGCUCUGCCUCCGCCUAGUUUUCAUUGGAUAUAUUAUGCAUUCUAUGAUUUCGUUCGUUAUUAUAAUGUGAUUCACACUUUAAUUUUACGCAUGCAUGCACUGUGAACAUUAGUAAUCAAAGAAUAUUUAUUCUAAUGAUUAUAAAAUAAUUAUUGUCAAAGUGUAUUUUCCAUUUAACCC